GCUGCGCCCGCAGGGGGCGCGGAGGGCGCACAGGUGGGUCCCCGCCCGGCCCUGCCUCCCGCCCCUCCCCGCCACUCGACGAAGGCCGACGCUCCCUCGCCAACGCGCCUCCCGCUCGCCCCUUCCCUCUCCGUGACAUCUUAUAUAAUAACCCGAGCUAAUCAAAACGGAAGCGACGCGCGCUGCCGGGGCCCGUCUCGCGGCCGGGGCUAGAUGCUCGCCCCCCGAGCCCGCGGCCCCCGAACUAGGCGCCCGGGCGCGCGGCUCCGGGGCGGGGGGGAAGGGCCCGAGCACCGCCCCGGCUCGUCCCUCCUCGCAGAAGGCGCCGCUCCUGCCGGUCCCCGUCAGGAAGCCGCGAGCGUCACAAACUGCGUCAGCUUCUUCAAACACAUUUCAUGGUCUCCCUCCAGCCCGGGAGCCGGCUGCUCCCGAGGCGGGGCCGCGGCCGGGGCUGGAAGGAGCCCCUCCGGGGAGGAGAAAGUUCCUCGGGGCCCUCCCCUCGCCCGCACCGCGCCCGGCCCCGCCGCGCCUCCAGCCCCUCUCCGCGCCACGCCCGCCCCGCCGCGCAGCCCGCCAGCCCGCGCCAAUGUCAGCUUGGGCAACUUGUGACCCCCGGGCGCCGGGCGGCCCCCUCCCGCCCGCCGGGCUCGCCCGGCGCCGGGGGCCUCCCCCUCCACUCCACCCCCCGGCCCAGCGGAAAGCGGCGACGCCAGAAACUUCCCCGGGCCGCGCCGGGCGGGGAAGCCGCCCGGGUCCCCGUGCAUCGCCCUUACCUUGCUCUCGGGAGGCCACGAUCCGGGCGGGCCGCGCGGGGCGCGUGGUGCGCGAGCGCGCGCGCGUGGGGCGAUGGAUUUUGAUCCUGCUCCGUUCUCUGCCACAAACCCAGAGAACCCUGAAGCUCCCACGGCUUGUCAAACCCUCGUGGACACAGCUUGUCUAGCAUCUCCUACCGUCUCUGUGCAGUCUCCACCAGCCGGGUGCAGAACCCACCCCUUGUGGCCGGCAUCAGUUUGGCUUGAGGGUCAGUCAUGUGCCUACUCUGUGCCCCCAACCAGUCUGUGGAUUCCUUAAGAACAGGAGCCUGGUUUUAACAGGGCCCUGGGGAUGGGAGAGAUGAAGGCUGUAAGAAUAAAAUUGUCACUGAA